GCUGAGACGCCACAAAGAGGGGCCGGGCUCCGAGAUCGAGCUGGUGUUCAGACCGCACCCGCAGCUGGUCCACGACCAGGACUACAACCAGACCAGGUUUGUGAAGACGACCGCCAACGCCACAGUGGACCACCUGUCUAAAUACCUCGCCCUGCGCAUCGCCCUGGAGGACGGACAGACCAACGGGGAGCCGGAGGACAGAGGACGGGAGGAGGGAGGAGGAGGAGAGACCGGAAGUGGAGAAGGGUCGAGUCUGAGCAGCGUCAGUGAGAAACAGUACACCAUCUACAUCAUGACGAGAGGAGGACAGUUCUCCACGCUGAAUGGCUCUCUGACUCUGGAGCUGGUCAACGAGAAGUACUGGAAGGUCCGGAAGCCUCUGGAGCUUUACUACGCCCCGACCAAGGAGCAGCAGCAACCGGCACCGCAGCCUCAACAGAAGUCUCCUCCUCCUCCUCCACCACCACCACCUCCUCCUCCUCCACCUCCUCUUCCUCAGAGGGAGGCGUGAGACGGAGACGCUCACCGCUUCAACCACACGUCUCCUCCUGAAGGUCGAAGUUCACCGAUUCCAAACGUACCGACGUUAACGGUCGUUUCAAAAGAGUCUGACCUGAGAUCAGCAGCCGGUAAACGUCUGAACUGAAGAUCUGGGAUCAGAACCUGGAGGACCAGUAGGAUCUCUUUCCUCUGGCUUUAUUAUCUUAUUACUUAUAAAUAUUAAAAGCUGUGCAUCUCCUGCUGCUGCUGCGGCCUCAAGCUGCUCCGAUCGGCAGGUUUCACUUUUAUUAGUUUUAUUUAUUCCUUUUAAGAACAAAUAGAAAUGUUGGAAAGUUGGUAAAAUUAAGGAAAUACGUACGGAAGCACAUUUCAGACAGGAAAUAUAACAAAUUCAAUUAAAUAUGUCGUCAAAUUUAAACGUUUUAAGUAACAAUUUUCAAACUAUCUAAACUGGGAUACUCUUAGAAUAGUUAUAAUUUUGCGUGGGAGGUUUUUUUUCUGCAGGUUACAUUUAAGACUUUUUUAAGACCGUUAUUAAUGAAAUUUAAGACCUAUUUUAUGUCUAUAACGGUAGAAAAAUAAAUAAAAAGUACUAAAGAUGUGACGGAUAAUCGAUAUUGGUUCCAUAUCGGCUUGGUUUUGUAGUUAAAGCACGAUCAAUACAGAUCUUUCCCCAAAAAAACACAUUCAAAAGAUAAAAAAAAUACAACUUUAAACAAGUAACGUGUGAAAAUAAGUUGUUUUGUUUUACUUUAUUUUGGGACCAGUUUAUAUUCCUGCAGGACAAAGGCAGCUUUAUUUACCGUCUGUAGACUUUUUAUAAAAUUUAAAAUUAAGAAUUAAAUUAAGAGUCUCUUAAACAAUGACGUUUGGUAAUAAAUCAGACUGUAAUGGAUCAAAAUCAUAUUUAAGGCCUAAAAUUGAGAUUAUCGGGUAAAUUAGCAUCUCAUCAUUUUAAGUUCUGUCCGAUACGUGAAGGUUAUUUUCUCUCGGCAGAAACAGGCUUCCGUAAAUAUCACCAAAGAUUUUAAAUAAAGUCUAAUAAUCUGAACAUUUAUUCUUCACUGACUCUUUAGUUCACUGAAGUUUAUAGAAGCUCAUUUCUGAGGAGAAAAAAGAUCCUGUGAGUAAUUAUAAUGAGAAACUUUAAAGACUCGAUAUCACAAAAUAAUGACUUUGUGAUAUUGAGUCUGUGUUUAGAGAAAGUUUCUCGUUAUAAUUACUUACAGGAUCUUUUUAUUCCCCGUCACAUUGGCAGAAAUGAGCUUCCGUAGCAGUUUAUUGAUCUCGUUCGACUUCACGACUCGUCUUUAAUUUCAGGCAGAAACAAUCUGAAUAAUAAAGACACGUCUCCGUCUUUCAUUUCACGACUGAAGCUCUCGGCUGCGUUCGUGGUGACGGGAUCAGUGCGGGACGUCUCGCCACUGAUGAAUAAUUAAUAUAGUUUUAAUUCAGCUUUAAAGUCAUUCCUUACUUUCUGUAAACGCACCGUCGCUUGUUCAAGCUGCUUCUUCUGCUUUAAGGGCUGUGGAGGAAAUAGAGCCUAUCCCAGAAUGCACUGGGGUAAGACAGGGUGAAUAUACAUCUGCUAUAUUUUACAAUAAACACGUUCUUAUUUUCCCGCCUCUCGAGAUGUAGCUGUUUGACCCUCUUUACCUCCUACAGUGUUUUAUUACUAAUAAAUCUGCAUUAAUCACAGGGAGAGCUCCACUUCUGUCUUUAUGCACUUUAUAUUUCCUGCAGCCAUAUUAAGUUUUCCUACCUGACCUCAGUUUUUAUGGAAUAUUUGUAUAUUAAGAAUGAUUUAUGAUGAAUAUUUCCUUUUUCUUCUGUUGGAUAAUUAACUCUUCUGUCAGCGAUGCAGCACAAUAAAGUCAAUAAUCUCA